AAUUAUAAAUAAACAAGUAAAUAUUAUUAGAUGUCAGACACAUGCCACAAAAUAUAUUCUAUAGGCGACACAUAAGCUAGUCAAGUUACAUAACACUUAUUAGUUAUUAACACAUGUCACUUUAAAUAAAAGAAAUAUUAAAUAUCAUUAGAAUUAAGUUUUAAAGCUUAACUUUAAUUCUAACAAAAUUGAAUUAGAAUCCUAUUCGGCUAUUCCUUCCCUAACCCUACAGACUUCAAUUUGAAUUCUCGACAACAGCUCCGCUGCGCCGCACAUCUCCUCUACAACUUCAAAAUUCAGCCACCGCACAUCUCUUCUCUCUCGGCGACAGCGUCGUCAGUUCACAGCGCCGCCUUCUCCUCUACAACAACAGCUCCGCCGCCUUCCUCUGUCUCAGUCGGGCGCGUCAGUGAAAGAGCCACAAUUCUCCUAUCUCUCGGCGAGUCGGCGAUAACAGAAGCAGUGGCGCCAUCCACUCUACAACAACAGCACCACCUCCUUCAUUCGUUCCCGACCCCGCUCACACCACACCGCGUAAGUUGCGUCAGUGAAAGAGCCACAAUUCUCCAAUUCUCCUGAAUUCGAAUUUAAAAUCGAGCUCCAAAAUCGAGCCAAAUUCGAGCCGAGUUCGAGCUCGAGAUAAACGAAUAAUUAACGAACCGAAUACGAAUCGAGCUCGAACUAAAUAUUAUUCCGUCGAGCCGAGCUCGAGCUCAUUUUAAAGCUCGACCUCGAGCUCGAGCCGAACUCGAGCCUACCCAAAAUUUCACGAGCCGAGCCCGAGCCUGAAGGUAUUCGGCUCGGCUCGGUUCGUAUACAGCCCUAACCACGACUACCCUCAUCUCUUUCGCACACGACCCCCACCCCCUUGCUCUCUCUCACUUCUCUCGGCCGUCCGGCGAGAAAUCGCCGUCACCGCCGCUGCCCGCCUCCUCCGGUCGUGCGUGGUCCCGCCCCGCCUCGGAGCCUCCGUCCUAGCGCUGCAAGCAGAAGUGCGCGACUGCGCCGCGCCUAGCCUUCCCCGUCUCCCCGCCCCGCCCCGCCUUCUUCAGCCUCGGCCCCUCCGUCCCCGGACUCCGCAGUAGCAGAAGUUUCCGACGCUAAGUUUCUGGUAUUGCAGGUAAGUGUCGGCUAUUUUGAAAGACGAAUGCAAAUUUCAGAAGUAUAGACUUUGACUGACUUAAAGCUUCUUCUUGGAAUUGCUGAAAUUAUUUUAUGGAGCCAAAUGACCCCGAGGAAGAGGAGUUCGGGUUCUCAAGAAACUACUUUUUAGCAAAAGAAUUGUGCAGUUCUGGCAAGAAAUCAGCGCGCAAAGUUUCUGAUAUCAAUCUCGUAGACGAGCAGGAAUUAAGAGAAGCAUAUGCUAAACUUGAGUUCAAGCACGAGAAAGAGAUCAAUGCUCUGGUAGAAAGUUACAAGAAGUUGUAUACUGAAUGGGUUUUUAUGUUAAGGUGUGGAUUUGGGCUUCUGAUGUAUGGUUUUGGGUCAAAGAAGGGGUUGAUAGAAGACUUUGCUUCAACGGCAUUAACUGAUUAUUCUGUUGUAGUGAUCAAUGGAUAUCUUCAGUCAAUCAAUCUUAAACAGGUUACAGUUACAUUAGCUGAACUUCUGUGGGAGCGGUUGAAAACCCAAAGGAAAUUGGAAAAUCAUCUUAAGGACCAGCAACCAUUUCAUACCCAAUCCAUGGAUGAUCUUAUUUCAUUUCUGGAUGGCCCACAUUUGGAGGAUGGUGAAUCUUUUAUUUGUGUUGUGGUGAACAAUAUUGACGGGCCCUGUUUGCGUGAUUCAGAGUCUCAGCAAUUUCUGGCUAGACUUGCAGCUUGUUCUCAUAUUCUCAUGGUGGCUUCCAUUGAUCAUGUGAAUGCACCUUUACUAUGGAACAAGAAGAUGGUACACACCGAGUUCAAUUGGUACUGGUACCACGUUCCUACCUAUGCACCCUACAAGGUCGAAGGAAUAUUCUUUCCUCCGAUUCUAGCUCACAGUGGCAGCACACAAACUGUGAAGACGGCUUCAAUAGUUUUACAGAGUUUGACGCCAAAUGCUCAAAACGUGUUCAAAGUUGUUGCCGAUCAUCAGCUAGCCAAUCCUGAUGGAGAAGGAAUGCCAUUGAACAAUUUAUACACAGUAUGCCGAGAGCGUUUUCUAGUGAGUAGCCAAAUUACUCUAAAUGCUCAUCUCACAGAAUUCAAGGAUCACGAAUUGGUGAAGACGAGAAGAAACGCAGAUGGUGAAGACUGCUUGUACAUUCCUCUCACGAGCGACGCGCUUCAAAAACUUGUACAUGAGAUUAGCCAAUAGAAGAUAUAGAGCACUACUUACUAUGUAUGUCCAUUUGCUGAAAUUUGUACUCUAGCUUCUGGCAUUUCAGCAAUUUUCAGCUUGUUUGAUAUUUUUAUUAACUUAUGCUGUUAGGCUUUGAUCAAAUUGCUUUAUAAUAUCAUCUGUAAUCUUCAGUGAUAUUCAGGCAAACAUAAAAUAGUGAUAUCUUAGGGAUGAUGUAAAAAGCAAUGAUGUAAUGAGAAGAGUAGUUUGAACUUUCCUGU